AUGGUUGUCGACGCUUUGAAAUCAUUUUCCACCAACGUUGGAUCCCAUAUAAAGGAUGCUUACAAAACCACUGAGUCGGAGGUGACACACUUCUCUCAUAAUUUUAAAGAUAAAGUCACAUUUUACCAUCGGGAUUACGAUCAAGACGAUGAACUUGUAAAAAAUUACAAACACGAGAUUAAACAAGCAAGACUGGGUCUCGGGCAUCUCAUUUCGCAAUUAAAUCAAUUCUACAAACGAUUGGUACCUCAUAUGAUGUCAUUGAAUAUAAAAGUUGCACGCGAUUUUCAGUCACUUAUUGGACCUGAUUCAUUACAAUUUAAGGAUAUUGAAAAGUACUAUCACGAUUUCGAUGUGUUUCAAGCUGAGCAAGAAGUGCCCCAUGUUCAUCCAAAGGAGAGACAAUUUUCAAUAGAAGGCGUCAAUGAAGAAUUGUUUCAAUACUUGCAAUCGACAUUCGCUCUCAAAUACGAGUUAGAAGGGGAGUGUGUUGAAGGUUUGGACUCAACUGUCCCUAAGAUUCAAACAAUGAGAAAGAGAUUAAAAGAGACUUUGAAAUUGAUCAAGAGGAGGGACCGCAAACGUGAGGACCAAGACAGACUUAUGAGAAAGAUUGACAAAUUGAAUCAAAAGAAACCGCCAUUGUCAGAAAAGGAAGAAGCCAAUUUGACAAAACUUCAACGUGAAUUUGAGGAAGUGGACAUUGAAUUCAAGGUGUUGAAUGAUAAAACUACAACACUUUUACCUCAUAUAAUGUCAUUUUUGGACGAAUUUCUUGAAUCGAUUACGAAAUUGCUUAUCUUGAAACAAGACAGCAUUUUUGGUAAAAUUGUGAAAAACUUCCAAUAUUUUGCCACCUUUUAUGGAUUCAUCUAUGAGGAGGUCCCCACUUAUGAAGCAAUCUUGAACCAAUGGGAACUGGACAUAACUUCAACAAGACUACAAAUUGAAUCGUUCAUCACUAUAUUGCAAAACUCUAAAACUGAUUUGUUGAAUGAAGAAAUAGAUGAUGAGGACAAGUCACUGAAAACGUACAAGUUUUACCACAAAUUAUCCAACAAAAUAUUUGACAAAUCUCAUACGGUGAAACCGAGAGACAUAGCAGCGGGUAUGUUUAAUGACACCACUGAGGCCGACCCAAUCGUAUCAUUCGAAAAAUACAAUAACCCUCAAGCAAAUCAAUCAGAGACAUACCAUCCGAGAAAGAUUUUGGGUGUAAAUGACAUUGUUGUGGAAAAAACAGUUGGGUUUCAGCCUGAACUACCUCCUCGACCAGCGCUUGCUUCAUUCAAGUCUAUGCAACUGACUGCACAGGCUCCAUCACGAGUGUAUUACUCACAGAGUGCAGCCAAUUCAAUGGAAUCGUUGUCAUUGAAUAGUGAUGAUGACACUGUUAUUUCAGAUUCGUCUCUGGUCAGUUCGGUACCUACCCAUUCAUUAUCGGGCUACACUAAAGGUGAUGUUUCAGUAGACAAGGAAUUGCGAAACAUUUAUAACACAUCCAAGAAUGAGAUCAAAGUGGCGCCUACGCUCUUGUCUGAUUUCAAAAUUACGCCCGAUUCUGAAACUUCCGAAUCGCAAUUAACUGACGCCUACAGACUUGCAUUACUUGACCAUUUCUACCACAAAUUGGAGGUUCUUAAACGAACAUCCAAGAUUGCCAAGUUUGACUUUAUUGGAGUAGAAGUGGGAGAUUUAUCAUUUAAAAAAGGUGAUACUAUUGAAGUUGUUUUUGAUUUGCAAAAUGUCGAUACAUUGUACCAACAGAGUAACUUAAACUGGCUAGUUGGAAUAAUACAACAGGACAAUGGCCAUGAUUAUAGAAUUGGAUUCGUACCAAACAAUUACGUAUAG